AUGGCCACUCUACCUGAAGACGUUGAAACUACAAUCGUGUACGUACAAUCAGUGACUAUGGACAGGACAGAAAGUGCUAUGUUCAUGUUCGAGGAGGCUGCUGACAUGUCUCCCACUGCAUGCUCUCUGGUCGUGUGGGCCAUCGUAUUGCUGUCAUGCCACCUCUCCACAUGUACAGCCGCACGACGUCUCUACGUGACCAACUUGACCUUCGUCGUGAACAACUGGCAGACCCUGACAGCACGUUGGGAUCUCGGAGGAGACCAGGACCCGGAAGGGAUAAACGUCUCCGUCAUCUGGGCAGCAGCAGGAGCGAGCGGUUGGUACAAUUGCUCAGAGAGUACACAUCGUUCCUGCUUUCUUGAUGAAGAAGACUACAAUGGUUCGCCAAAGUAUAUAUUCAACAUCACAGUGAGCACAGAAGAUGGAGAGUUUGUGCACAUAAACGCGUCGAUGAAUUCAAGCGAUUAUGUGAAACCGGCACCUCUCAAAUCUCUGGACGUUGGCAAAGUCACCAGUCGUUGUGUGGAGUUGUUGUGGCAGAAUGAGUCAGAGUAUCGACCUGUCACGUUCACUGUCACACACAGUGACUCUACCUCUACAAAUACCAGUGUGACAUCCGAUCGUAACAUGACGAUCUGCGGACUGACUCCGAGUACGGGAUACAACUUCAGCGUCUCGGCGAUGUCCGCCACCGCUCGGCACGGGUACCGGAGUGAGGCGAAAACAGCUUCCUCCUUCACCAAAGAAGAAAAGCCAGGAGCUGCUCCUAACAUGCCUGCUGGAAGUUUCACUACACACACGUGCUCCAAUAAUAAGAGGGAUGUUACCGUAUAUCUUCGGCCACCAGAUCGUUCGAAUCACAAUGGUGACCUAAGGAGGUAUCUCGCCACGUCUACUCAUCUGCUCAAUAAAAGCAUAUCCUACCCAGCCCAGACACUACUGCUUGAGGACCUAAAUUGCAACGAUGACAACAAUGUCUCUGUUUAUGUCGCCAAUGAUGCCGGAGUCUCUCCACCCUUCUCUCUCCGUAUUCCUAAACUCGGCUACGUCGUACCACCGUCAAAUGUACUGGUUGCUUUUGACAACACGUCUGUGAAUGUGUCCUGGGAAUCAGCAUCACAGCCAGGGAAGAAGAAUUGGACCGUAUUUUGGAAUAUACUCUGUGUCAGGAAUCCUGAAGAUCAUGCUUGUCAGAACCACAUGGACUGGAUCAACCUCGAAACCAACGAAUCCUUUGUAAGGUUCCCUUUCGAAAUGCCUCCGGAAAUGACUCAAUUUGGCGUCGCCAUGACAACAGACAGAGGGAGCAGCGGGAUGGUUCUCAGUAGUUGUGUAUACAAUGUAUCCAAGUCACCUGCACCCUUCUGUCUGUCUUACCUAUCAACACCUGAACUCAUCUCUGUCUUCCUUCCCUACACCUGCACCCUUCUGUACACAUAUAAAAGGUGGAAUCAGAAUGAGGAAAUUAUUCUGCCACGUUUUUACGUGAUCACCGGUGUACAGGAAGCAUCAGCAUCCGCCGGCAGGAAUACAGUUGGCACAGCACGGUGCACCUUUGGCACCGAGGAACCGAGGUCAUCCCAUUUUCUAUCUAUUUUGGAUUCCUGUCUUAAUUCGAAAUCCCAGAAUGCCAGAGAAAACCGCCAUGUCCUUCUCUCAGCUGAAUCACUGCAUGUUGGCUAUGCAAUGGUUGCUAUGAAGGAUGACUCCAUGCCCGGAAACCCUGUUCCAUUGCUACAGGAUCAGCAGCUGCCGGAUGUGGGUGUCUGGGAUGACUCGUCAGGAUCCAGUGAUGAAGACGUUAACCCCUACGUCACGGCGGGCAUGGAGGAUGACAGAGACAUGGUGGAGAAUGAGGAAGGAGAAAUAGGGUAUGGGGAUAAAGAGGAGGAGAAGGAAAUGGGAGAAGAAGGUAUAGAAGAGUAGAAGAUAAGCAAAUGUAAUUGAGGAGAUGGGGGAGAACAAUACGGAGGAUGUGAGGAGACAAUAGAAACGAGGAGACAAAAACAUAAUGGGAUGAAGAAGUUGAAUAGCUUAUGAUGGAGGAGGAGAGGACGAAAGGGAAGAUGGUGAGGAGAGAACUGAAACGAGGAGAAGGAUGCUGGGUCGAAUUGGGGGAGGGGAAUAAGAACAGUACAAAUGACGUGACAAAGAGGAAAUAGGACCUGGGGGUAGGGAAUUGAGGACCAUGUGGAAAACAUUACAAAAAUCAAAUUUGAGAUCCUUUAAGGGAGACGGAUCCUGUGCUUAUUUGGCUGUCAGAUCUAUACGUCUUCUUAAGUGCUCGAACCGAAACUGAAACACUGUUUAUUCGUAUAUUCAUCUUGGUUGUUCUAAAAAUACUAUUGAAAUACUAAUUGAUUUCAUCAGAUGUCGUGAGUACACCUCCUGACGUGAAGACGUUUCGCAAAAAUUUAUAUGUAUCCUUAUUAAAAUUUAUAUUUAAGUGGCAA